AAACUUUUAUUUGAAUUCAACUCGAACCGUUACACCUCUUCUUCCCGAGAAGAAGAAAACAAAAUAGACGAAAAGGUUCACGUCGCCAUCGCCACUGUCCGGUGCUCUCGUUCCGCGAAGACGCCAAGAACUAACGCGCGCCGAUGCAAGCGGCUUCUCGCCCCUAGCUAGCUUAGCUAACCUUCGUCGCUCGCAACGCGAGCUAACCUUCUGUGCGGCUUCGCGCGCGCCCCAUGCAAGAGAGAAGGGCGAAGCUGCUCCUCGUCCUCCUCCCGCCUCCCUCAUACUUUCCCCCCCGGCUACACCUUCCACGCCAUGCGCCCGUAUAAACCGCCAGGCGAGGCCACCCGCCCGCUUUACCGCAUCCUGCUGCACCCGCAUCUGCUGAUAAUCCCGCGAUCGACGAGGCCACCAUGUCAUCGUCGCUGCGGUUCCUGCGGCCGAAGAACGACGGCGGCGGCGGAGACGACGGGUGCUUCGACGGCGUCGAGCUGGAGGUGACGGUGCUGUCGGCGGACUCGCUGCGCCUACCGCCGUCCUACUCGCCGCUGCCCCGCCGGCUGCGGCCGUACGUGACCGUGGCGUCGUCGGACGCGCCCGCCGGCUCGGCCUGCAGCACGGCGGUGGCAGUGGGGAGCGGCGGCGGCGGCGGCGAGCACGCGUGGGGCGACACGCUCGUCGUCCCCGUGGGCGCGGGCUUCCUGGAGGGCCGCGCCCACGUCCACGUCUCCGUGCUCUCGGAGCCCGCCUGCCGGCUCGUCGGCGCCACGCCGCUGGGCUGGUGCCGCAUCCCCGUGGCCGACGUGCUCGACGGCCUCCGCCCGCCGCGCGCGCUCCGCCGGCUCAGCUACUCGCUGCGCUGCCCGCGCCGAGGCGGGGGCGGGGGCGCGUGGGGCCACGGCGUCGUGCACCUCUCCGUGCGCCUGCUUGGCCUCCGCGACGACGCGCCGGCAGCCACGGCCACGGCCACGGACGCGACGCCGCCGGUGCAGCAGGGUUGGUGCCGCGUGGCGAUGGGCAUCCCGGUGUCCGGACCGUCGUCGGCGGCCGCUUCCGCCGUCGUCGGGAUGCCCUUGUCGUGGGGCGCCACCACGUCACGGUGACGGGGCCACGACUAGCCGUGGAAAAACGGUGGAAUUUUUGCCGGCGAUCAGUCGAUGUCGACCAGCGAGCGCGGUACGACCAGGUCGUGAUUGGGGCUUUUUCACGCGUCAGGAAUAGGAAUAGCGGCUGGAAAAGGAAACUAGUGCGUUUAGUCAAAAAAGGUGCCUUCCAAUCUUCCAUGCAGCUACCUAGACGCCGCUGAGGCUGGAGUGUGGGACCAAAGUGCAUGAUGAAUAGUAAUUGUAAAUGUCUACUGUUUAUUUCAAGUCUAACCAAAGGUACCCGACGUCCAAAUCAAAGUCAGAGUUGAUAUGUGCGCUCGACGAAAGAUGCCAAGCGAUUGUUGUCAACCUAGAGGGUCGUUCGGUUCCUGGAACGAUGACACGUGAAACGAUUUAAGGUCGGAUUGUUUAUCAAAAGCUAGCUAUUCGAAUUUUUGGGUUGUAAUUUAUAGAAACAAAACAUUGUAAAAUUAGUAGAAGUUGGUAUAGAUUAAAAUAAAGCGAACAUGCUAUAUAUAACUUACAAAUUUA